AUGACUUUCAACGUCUUCAUGACUGGCCUCCUGGCAGCUACUGCCGUCGCCCUUCCCCAGCCCCACUGGACCCGUGACGCCGAGUCCAACGUCGAGGCUCGCAGCUCCGGCGGUGGUGUCCAGAUCGUCAACAACAUGGACACCAACGUGUACCUGUGGAGCACUGACAACAACCCCGGCUCCAUGCAGACAAUCAGCUCUGGAGGCGGUGACUACAGCGAGAAGUGGGCCACCAACUCCGACGGCGGUGGCAUCUCCAUCAAGAUGUCCACUACCGAGAGCGAGGACAGCGUCCUCCAGUUCGAGUACACCCAGGAUGGCAGCACUAUCUACUGGGAUAUGUCCUCCAUCGAUCUUGACUCGACUUCUGACUUUGUCAAGUCUGGAUUCAAUGUGCAGCCCAGUGAUUCGAGCUGCACCUCCGUUAGCUGCGCCGCUGGCGACGCAAACUGCAAGGAGGCUUACCAGAAGCCCGAUGAUGUGAACACCAACUCCUGCUCUCUUGACGCAGGCUUCACUCUUACUUUGGGUUAA